UAUAAACAGAAAAGAAAAUAUAUUUUUUUUAAUAAAAAAAAAGGAAAAAAAAAACGUAGAGUUGAAGUGAGAGAAAGCUAAAACAAAAACCAGUGUGUUCUUCUCUCUCACUUUCUGACAGUUGUUGUACCUUUCUAACAAGAAAAUCCCACCUUACCCAUUAUUAUCCCUCUCCCCUCAAACCCCUCCCUUUCUCUUCCCAACACGAAACCUCUCCUCCUUCUUCCCUCCCACUCCUUUUUCACCAUUUUACCCUCCUUUUCUCCUCUUAAUUGCAUUCAUUGCCACUCUUCCCCCUUCUCUCUGUUCACUGUUCGCCUGUGAUCUUACCUCUCACCUUAUUUCCUUUUUCUUUUUAUUUUUUUUUCCUUUUCUCUCUCUCUCUUUCUCUCGCUCUAGAACUUUUGCAGCAAUGGUGCUCUCGUCGAAGCUCUCGCUCUUUCUCUCUCUAGGUUUUUACAGAACAUUAGUAAUCUUCUCUCUCUAAAAGAAAAACGCGAAAUGCAGUCACUGGAGCUGGAUUUUAGAUCUAAAUGUUACAGUUCGCUAAUUUUGUCCGCGGAUGGAAGCUUGUAGGUUAAUAAAUUAAACAUACUAACGCGUUGGUUUUUUUUUUCGGUGGUUAUAGUCGUGAGCGACAAGCUUAAGCUAAGCUAAGUUAGGCUUUAGGUUUUAGCUGUUUGGACCGUUCGAUCUGUGAAUUUUUGUGAUUUUUUUUUUCUGAGAGAGGAAAAAGAGAAAGAUGAAUCGAAGUUUUAGGUCGUCGCAAGAGUCGCAAAUGAAAAUGGCGGCAGCAGCAGUGAAGCAAAGGCAACAGUUGAGAGCGUCAAUGAUGAAAGAGAAAGAAGAAGAGCUUGCUUUGUUUUUAGAAAUGAAAAAGCGUGAAAAGGAACAACAGAAUCAUCUUUUACUUUUUAAUAAUACUGAAGAUGAUUUUGAUGCUCCUUUAGGUUCAAAACCUGGAACAUCUCCGAUAUUUAAUAUUUCGUCAACGACAACGCCAGCAAGAAAAGUCAGUGGUGCUGAUGAUUUUCUUAAUUCUGAAAAUGAUAAGAAUGACUAUGAAUGGCUUCUGACACCUCCUGGUACCCCUCUGUUCCCUUCUUUGGAGAUGGAAUCACAAAAGAGUGUCAUGAGUCAGAUUGGUACUCCAAAGGCACGCCCGACUGCCCUCAAAUCUAGACUAGCAAACCCUCAGCCAGAACCGGCCACAAGGGGCAGCUUAGCAUCUAAACAAUCAGCUUCCUCCCCUGGGUUGAACUCUUCUGGUGCAGGGACACGCAGGCCUUCAUCAUCAGGUGGUCCAGGAUCACGACCUGCAACACCGACUGGGCGUCCUACCUUGACCUCAACUGCUAAGCCUUCUAGAUCUUCAACUCCUACUUCCCGGGCCACCUUACCUUCACCAAAAUCAUCAGUUUCUGCAACUAAGCCAACUAUCUCUGCCACAAAGCCCACUCCUGCAAUGAAGCCCACUUCUUCUGCAACAAAGCCUGCAGUUCCUGCAAGAUCUUCAACACCGACAAGGUCUACUGCAAGAUCAUCUACACCAACUGCGAGACCCUCCAUACCUCCAUCCAAGUCCACAUCAAGGGCAUCAACCCCAACACGACGGCCAUCCACACCAGCAAGUGCACCUUUGGUAUCUGCUCCUCCUAUUAAGUCAUCUCCUUCAGUUACCAGGACAGCUCUGACAACAGCAAGAAAUCCGGUGCCAUCACGUGGCACUUCUCCUACAAUAAAAUCUAGGCCGUGGAAGCCCUCAGAGAUGCCUGGUUUUUCACUUGAUGCUCCGCCAAAUUUGAGGACAUCACUACCUGAGAGACCACUUUCUGCCACUAGGGGUAGGCCUGGAGCACCCAGUUCACGGUCCUCCUCUGUUGAGCCGACACCUAAUGGGAGACCAAGACGGCAAUCAUGCUCUCCUGCACGAGGACGAGCCCCUAAUGGUAUUAUGCAUCCCAGUGGGAGCUCUGUCCCUGCAAUUAGUCGUCUGCAUGCUAAAGCUAAUGACAAUGUGAGCCCUGUCCUCAUUGGAACCAAGAUGGUUGAAAGAGUAAUAAAUAUGCGAAAACUGGCUCCCCCUAAGCAAGAUGAUAAACUUUCUCCCCAUGGUAACCUGUCUGGGAAGUCGUCAUCACCAGACAGCUCAGGCUUUGGAAGAACGCUUUCAAAGAAAUCUUUGGACAUGGCUAUAAGACACAUGGAUAUAAGGCGGAGCAUUCCUGGUAAUUUGCGGCCUCUGAUGACUAAUAUCCCAGCAUCUUCAAUGUAUAGUGUAAGGUCUGGUUCUGCACGAAGCAGAACAAUUAGUGUAUCAGAUUCCCCUUUGGCAACCAGUAGUAAUGGUAGUUCAGAAGUGAGUGUCAAUAAUAAUGGUCUUUGUUUAGAUGCGAUUGAAUUAGAAGAUGAUAUUGGCAGUGAGAGAGGCGGCCGGUCUCCUCUAUGAGGCAGGUGUGACUUGGGAACAAGCAUCUGUGAUAUGGUUGCCUUUUCUAUUCAUAUUGUGUAUUAUUCUUGGUUUUUCAACCUGCUUCAUGGCUGAAAAAGAAACCAAUACCUAGAAAAGAGAAGAGAAAACUGACCAGUCCUGCGAGUGCGGUGUAAAGUUUAUUAGAUUGCUUGGCAAUUGAAGAUUUCUGUAAUUCGUGGUCUUUGUACUGUUAGGGAAACUAAUUACGAGUCUUACGGUUGUUCUUUCUCAGCUCAUUUUCUACAAGGUGAGGUAUUCUGCACCAAAAUUGAGGAGUAUAACCCUUCUUAUUGAACUCUAACGAUCAAUUAAUCCCUCUCUUCAUCACUUGCA